AUGGAGAUUUUGAAACGUUUCUUUCUUGACAUUUUCCUCUUCUACUUCGUUGUAGGGUUGAAUAUUAGCUCACCCACUGAGUCUGCUUCAACUUCUUCUUCUUCUUCUUCUUCUUCUUCUCCUCACUCUGCAGAUGUUGAGCUUCUCUUGGGAAAUAUCAAAGCUUCACUGCAAGGUAACACUCAGAACUUACUCUUAUCUUCAUGGAAUUCCUCUGUUCCUCUUUGCCAAUGGAGAGGCCUCAAAUGGGUCUUUUCCAAUGGCUCCCCUUUGCUCUGCAAUGACCUCUCUUCACCCCAAUGGACAAAUCUCUCUCUUUCCAGAGACCCAUCUCUUCACCUUUUCUCUCUUCAGCUCCCAUCUGCCAAUCUCUCAGGUUCACUGCCCAGAGAGCUGGGUGAGUUCUCUAUGCUCAAAAGUUUGUACCUUAACAUCAAUUUUCUGAGUGGAACUAUCCCUCUGGAGCUUGGGUACAGCUCUUCCCUCUCUGACAUUGAUUUGGGCAACAAUUUGUUGAAUGGGGAUUUAGCACCAUCCAUAUGGAACUUGUGUGAUAAUCUAGUUUCACUUAAGCUUCAUGCUAAUUCACUAUCUGGGUCUCUUCCUGAACCUGCAUUGCCAAACUCUACCUGCAAAAAUUUGCAGGUUCUUGAUUUUGGUGAGAACAAGUUUUCAGGGAAUUUCCCUGAAUUUGUUACCCAAUUUGGUGGGCUUAAAGAACUUGAUCUUGGGAAUAACAUGUUUUCGGGUCCAAUUCCUGCGAGUUUAGCUCAGUUGAACCUCGAAAAAUUGAACCUUUCACACAAUAAUUUUAGUGGAGUGUUGCCAGUUUUUGGUGGAUCAAAGUUUGGUGUGGAGGAUUUUGAGGGAAAUAGCCCUGGACUUUGUGGGUUACCUUUGAAAAGUUGCAGUGGAAGCUCUGGGUUGAGCCCUGGAGCAAUUGCUGGUAUUGUUAUUGGGUUGAUGGCUGCAACUGUGGUUUUUGUUUCAUUGUUAAUUGGGUAUGUGCAAAACAAGAAGAAGAACAGCAGGGCAGAGAGUGAAGAUGAGUUAGAGGAAGAAGAAGAUGAGGAAAGUGGUGGCGGUGGUGGUGGAGCUGGUGAUCAGGGAAGGCUUAUCUUGUUUCAGGGCGGCGAGCAUUUGACAUUAGAUGAUGUGUUGAAUGCCACAGGACAAGUUUUGGAGAAGACCAGCUAUGGGACUGUUUAUAAGGCAAAACUUUCAGAUGGAGGGACCAUUACUUUGAGGUUGUUGAGGGAAGGUAGUUGCAAGGAUGGGAGUUCUUGCGUACCUGUGGUAAAGCAAUUGGGAAGGAUUCGCCACGAGAAUUUGAUUCCACUGAGAGCUUUCUAUCAGGGGAAGAGAGGGGAGAAGCUUCUGAUAUAUGACCAUCUUCCUCACAGAACCCUUCAUGAUCUUUUACAUGAAACCAGAGCAGGCAAACCUGUGCUGAACUGGGCUCGGCGUCACAAGAUUGCAUUGGGUAUAGCUAGAGGACUAGCUUAUCUUCAUACUGGUCUUGAAACGCCUAUUACUCAUGGGACUGUAAGAUCUAAGAAUGUGUUUGUGGAUGAGUUUUCUGUAGCUAGGCUCACUGAGUUUGGGCUUGACAAGCUUAUGAUCCCUUCCGUAGCUGAUGAAAUGGUGACCGUCGCAAAGAAUGAUGGUUACAAGGCACCUGAACUUCAAAAGAUGAAGAAAUGUAAUUCCAGGACAGAUGUUUAUGCAUUUGGAAUUUUGCUACUGGAGGUUUUAAUAGGCAAGAAGCCUGGUAAAACUGGGAGGAGUGGUGAGUUUGUGGAUUUGCCUUCGAUGGUGAAAGUCGCGGUUUUGGAGGAUACAACAUUGGAAGUUUUCGAUGUGGAGGUGUUGAAGGGGGUAAGGAGUCCCAUGGAAGAAGGUUUGGUUCAGGCACUGAAACUUGCAAUGGGUUGCUGUGCUCCGGUUGCUUCGGUUAGACCCUCCAUGGAUGAAGUUGUGAAGCAGUUGGAGGAGAACAGACCAAGGAAUAGAUCCACUUUGUACAGCCCCACAGAGACGAGGAGUGAGAUUGGCACCCCAUUUUGA